AUGUCUGACGGAGAUGACAGCGAUGUUCCAGACAAAAAUUUUGAUUUUGACAUUCAGCCUUAUCAGUUUGAACCAAGGAGAAUUCCAGCUCGUCCAACAACGCCAGUAGACACAGAGUCGGGAAGUGAUGGCGACUCGGACAAUGAGGACGAAGAAAUGGCCACCGCUGCGAGAAGACGGGACAGUGCGAUUGUGGCGCGUGUUUCAAUGUCCACUGAAGAAGAGUGUGUCUGUCAGGAAAUACCAAGGGUAUUGAGCAUGACCCAGGAGAGGGAGGUGACUUGCAUAACCGAGGAUGGAGGAUUUGUCGCCAACUGCUUGAACAAGGAUGUUCUUGUAGUGUCAGUUUUUUAUUUUUCUGAUCAAAAUGGUCCUAUUGGAGACAAUGAACCAGCGCACGAGUAA